AUGCCUCGCGGAAACGGUGCUCAGAGCAAAGUGGUCUUCCACGGAGCAUCCGACAGCUUUAUCGUCUUCGUCGAAAGCCCCGAAGCGGUCAAGGACUGGAAGAAAGAUCGCAGCAUACCUCUUGCGCAGGUCAUGGCUGGAUUCAAGGUCUUUCAGACACACAAGCAUGGCGCCCAGGGAGUCCUAGACGGGGCAUCCAAGUCGACGCUCGAGAACGAAUUCGGCACCAGCAAUGACGACGAGGUUAUCAUAAAAAUUCUGGAGGGUGGUGAAGUCCAGGCUAGCGAGAUUGGCGAACGUGUAGGAGUGACAAAUAUCACCAAGGGGGGAUCGAUUCCGCAUUGA